AUGACAACGCUACAAUUUCCUUCUCCUAAGGAGAAUUUACUUCCAGCACAAAUUCCGCUUGUAUCACCUCCAUCUCAGUCACUGGACUCGACGAAAGUUGAUCGCUUCAAAGGUUCUCUAAUGGGUAUGGCUGUUGGUGAUGCCUUAGGAGCAAGUGUUGAGUUUCGUCCCCGACAAUAUCUUCUCGAUCAUCCUGUAAGUAAUAUGCAAUCUGGGGGGACGUGGGGUCUUCAAGCUGGAGAAUGGACAGAUGAUACAUCGAUGGCUUUGUGCCUUGCUUCAUCGCUCAUAAGCUUUAGAGGAUUCGAUCCAUAUAAUCAGUUGGUACGCUACAAGUGGUGGUAUAAAUUUGGGUAUUUAUCUUCAACUGGACGUUGUUUUGAUAUUGGCAAUGCUACUCGUAGUGCAUUGGACGAAUUUUGUCGUCGUCAGAAUGAGACUCAACGACGCUGGAGAACAGUGAAUGAAGAACAGAUGGACAGCUUCACGUUUGACGAAAUGCGUCGUUCUGGGUUCGAUGUCAAUUGUGGAGGACAGAAUGCAAAUGGUAACGGUGCACUCAUGCGUCUUGCACCUGUACCACUAUUUUACUAUCGUGAUCCUGAAAAAGCCGUCACAUUAUCAGGUGAAAGUGCUCGUCUGACACAUGGUGACCAAAGAGCAAUCGAUGCAUGUCGCUACUAUGGAGCUCUCAUUGUUGCGGCGGUGCAUGGUGAGAGCAAAGAAAAGUUACUCAGUCCUAACUUUUAUUCAGAACAUCGGGCUUGGUUUGGAAAAAAUGAACUUCAUGAUGAAAUACUCAAUGUAGCGAGUGGCUCCUUCAGUAAAAAAGAUGGAUAUGAUAAAGGUAUUCGAGGUAGUGGCAAAAGUGUUCAAGCACUCGAAGCAGCUUUAUGGGCAUUUUAUAAGGAUGAUAAUUCUUUUGAGAAAGGUGUACUCAAAGCAGUUAAUCUUGGCGAUGAUACAGAUACAACAGGAGCUAUCUAUGGACAACUAGCAGGUGCUCACUAUGGUUUUAACCGAAUUCCUUCGAAGUGGACGCAGCAACUUUAUGCUAAAAAUUUAAUAUCAUGCAUUGCUGAGUGGCUACAAUCAUUAGGAGAUUCCCGUUUUGCCACGCAGUCAUCACCUCAACAGACACCAACUAGAAUGUCUCAAUCAAAUCAACCACAACAGUAUCCAAACCAUAAUACUUCUCAAAAUCCAUUAAAAAUUGCUUCAAACCCAACUAGCUAUCAACCUAUUUUAACUUCUAGUUCGACUGCAGCAAGGACAUCACAAUAUAGUACGCCAAAUACAAAACCUGGUUUUCCUACUAAUAAUAGCAGAAGUACUGCGAAAAACAGUCAACAACAUUCGUCACCUUGGAUUUGGUAUAGGCAUGAACAAUAG